UUGGAACCCGCUUCAGGGGGAGAAAAAGAAAAUCUAGAUUGUGAUACAUUGCUGAUUUCUGUUGGACGGUGGCCUUACAUAAAAGGGCUUGGCUUGGACCAUUUAGGGGUUGCCUUGGAUGAGCGUGGUUUUAUUAAGGUCAAUGAUGGGUAUCAGACUUCUGUUCCCGGAGUCUACGCCAUAGGAGAUGUUAUUGGGCGAGCAAUGCUCGCUCAUAAGGCAGAAGAAGAAGGUGUUGCUUUAAUGGAAAUGCUGGCAGGACAAAAGCCACAUGUGAAUUAUGAUGUGAUUCCUGCAAUCGUAUAUACACACCCAGAAGUUGCAAGUAUUGGGAAAUCAGAAGAACAACUGAAAGCAGACGGCGUUGACUAUGCCAUUGGAAAAUUCCCCUUUAUGGCCAAUUCCCGGGCGCGAGCGAAUGAUGAAACGGAAGGUUUUGUAAAAAUCUUAGCCGAUAAAGUCACAGAUGAAGUGCUGGGUGUGCACAUUAUUGGCGCAACAGCGGGUAGCCUUAUUGCUGAAGUAGCAAUGGCCAUGGAAUACAAAGCUUCCACUGAAGAUAUCGCACGGACAUGUCACGCGCACCCUACUGAAAGCGAAGCGGUCAAAGAAGCAGCUCUAGAUGUUGCUAAGAGAGCAAUUCACUUUUAA